GAGGAGGGAGUCGGCGGAGGGGGAGGAUGGGAGGACCCGGCGGAGAAGGGACGGGAGUGCAGGGGAACCGGCGGCCGCGGUGAGGAGGGAGGAGCGGACGUCGUCGUUGUGGCGGUAGGAGGGCGGGUAGCGGCGAGGCGCGUCCGAGUACAGGUGGACGGCUUCGAGGGGGUUCUUCUGCCGGCGUAUGGCCCCGGCGAGCUGUGCCGGGGUCAGCACCCGCGGCCACCGCACCGGCGUGGCGCCCAUUGCCGUUGCUGCUGUAGCCUGUGUGUGGCGCGUCGUUGAGGCGAUCAGGAGAUGGACCGGUCCGGUUCGACUGACUUGUGCAGCGAGCAGGCCAUAUUGCUCUUGAGUCUUGAAGCCCACAAUAACUGGGCAGGCCCAUUCUUCAAUCCCCACUGGCUCUCGCGAGUCGCGACCACCGCCGCUGCUCGCCGGCACCGGGCAUGAUGCCUCGGGCGCUGCUCUCCCGCCUUCGCCUCGCCCCUCUCCUCCACGACGGCCACCACCUGCCACGCUUUCUCUCCGCCGCCGCCCCACCACCACCAGCAGCAGAUGAGUCGCCCCCCGGUGCGCCGCCGCCGCCCUCCAACUCCAGGCUCUUCGUCGCCGGUUUGUCUUGGUCCGUGGACGAGCGCUCCCUCACGGACGCCUUCUCCUCCUUCGGCACCGUCACUGAAGAUGGUGCGCGUGCUAGGUGUUCGAAGAGAUGCCGUGGAGGUGGUGAGCCACUCCAUCGCUCCCAGCCCCGCGAGCUGUUCGAUGAAAUGCUUGUUAGGGACGUGGUCGCCUGCUCGGCCGCGAUCUACCGGCAUGCAAGGAGUGGGUCGUUCCACCAGUCAGUUGGGCUGUUUGUCAGCAUGAUGAGGGAGGGGGUGUGCCCAAACUCAUUCACCUUGGUCGGUCUGUUGCUUGCGGCACUUGGGCUGGGUGACGCUGUGCUUGCCAAGUGCAUCCAUGGGUGGACUGUGAAGAGUCGGCUGGAAUCCAAUCCUUUUGUUGCAACUGCACUGGUCAAUGCAUAUGCGAAAUGUGGAUGCCCCAUGAACGCAUGGGCGUUUUUCAGUGAUUUGAGGGAUCCCAGUGUGGUUUCCUGGAAUGCUAUGAUCACUGGGUUAAUGCACAAUGGCUUGUUCGAGGAAGCAUUGUUGGUGUUUAAAAGGAUGUGUUGUUGUUUUGGGCUAGUUCCUAAUAAUGUUGUGACCAUGAUUAAUGUGGCUCAAGCUUAUGCUGGUUGUGGUGACCUUGGAAUGUGCAAGAGUGCACAUGCUUAUGCAGUUAAGAUGGGCCUUGAUAUGGAUGUUUCGGUGACAAACUCAAUACUUGGCAUGUACUUGAAUUUUGGCGACAUUGAGAUUGGAAGAGAGAUUUUUAGGAAAAUCAUUGUUCAUGAUCUUGUUACUUGGACAAUGAUGAUGGGUUUCCUUCUUGAGCAGGCACAUGCUGGUGAUGUUAUAAGUCUCUUUGUACAGAUGAGGUCAAAUGGCAUAGUUCCUGAUAGGGUAGCAAUGGUCAGUUUGGUGCAAGCUUGUGCGCUUCUAGGUGAUGCAAGGAGAGGAAAAUUGGUUCAUAAUCAAAUGGUCAUCCAUGGUUUUAUUAGAGAGCUUCCUGCAGUUAAUUCUUUAAUCACAAUGUAUUCCAAAUGCAAGGAUUUAAGUUCCGCUAGAGUGUUGUUCGAUGGAACAAGGGAGAAAAGCUUAGUUUCAUGGACUGCCAUGGUGUCAGGGUAUGUAGGAAGUGGAAAAGCACUAGAGGGGAUGCAUCUCUUUAGUAAGAUGAGGCGUGAAGAUAUUUUUGUGAUUGAUUCUGUGACGUUAGUCAGCUUAUUGAUUGGGUGCUACGAGAUUGCUAAGCUUGAGCUAUGUGUUCAACUUCAUGGGUAUAGCUACAAGUCAGGUUUAUAUCUGCAUAGACCCGUCCCUAAUACUCUCAUGGCAGUUUAUGGUAAGUGUGGAUAUGUCAGUUUAGCCCAUAAAGUAUUUGAUGACAUGAUUUCUCGAGAUGUUGUUUCAUGGAAUACUAUGAUAUUAUCCUAUGGCAUAAAUGGCCAAGGAGAGCAAGCAGUAGCACUUUUCAACGACAUGGAGGAAUCUAGUGAAGAGCGAGACAGUGUGACAUACUUGAACGCAAUGCUGGCAUGUAGCCAUUCUGGACUAAUUGAUGAUGGGUUGAUCAUAUUCAGGGGAAUGAUCAAUGAGAAGCGCAUAAAUCCAUGUCAGGAGCACAUUGGAUGCCUAGUAGAUAUGUUGGCAAGAGCCGGUCGCUUGGAUGAAGCAGCAGAAGUGGCUAGCUUGACCAACAAAGAGGGAGCAAAUUCUUGGAAGGCUUUGAUGGGAGGAGGUCACCUGCACAGUGACACAGAUUUAACUGAAGUUGCUGCUAACAAGGUGCUGAACAUGGAGUCAUUUGAUUAUGGCCAUGUGGUGUUACUGUCUAAUGCUUAUGCAUCAGCUGGGAAGUAUAUUGUUGCCGAAUCUAUCAGGUCCUGUUAUUCAAAACAAACAAAAAGGAAGACUCUAGGGCUGAGUUCCAUUGAGGUCAUGCCAUCCAGCACAAGAUAGCACUACUAUACUUAUCUCGAUGGAAGGGAAAAGAUAUAUGAGACAAUUACCAUCCACUCUUUGUCUGUCUGAAGCUAGUGCCUAGUGGGGAUGUGUUUAGCCUUUUAGGCAUGAGCAAUGGAGUUACACUUUGCAGACAGCCAAGUCCCACGUGAUUAAAAGAGACAUGUCAAGAAUGAGGCUAUAGCAUGGUUGAUACAAUGAAGACUUGCAUUGUUCCUUGGAUUGGUACAGGUUAUACAAUUUUCAUCUCAAUUCUAGCAUGGUUGAAUCAGGAGGCAGGAGCCUUAUGUCAUGUGAAUAUGGAGGAAUAUGGAGUUUAUCUGAUGGUAUUCUGACCCAAAAGAAAACUUGUUGACUAACCAUCAUUUCCAUUACAUCUGUGGUUUUGUUUUUCCUUACUAACCACUGAGGUCUGAUCUGUAUCGAUAUCCUCCUCACUAUGCUAACCAAUCUUUGAAUACGAACAUUUACUGAAAUGAGAACAUGAUUAAAGCCUAUGGUUCAUGUUUCAUUGCAAAGAGUUGGUAAAAGGUCUGAGAUACUAUCUGUCCGAGCUUCUGAGAGUACUUGAUUUUGAACAAUAUAUUAGGGUGCAGCUCAUCCGUACAAUGUAGCUUGUGAGUUGUGGCCUACAAGUAGUGCCUAGGCAAUUGAAAAGUGAUAAUGUUAAUUUUACUUAAGUAUUUUAUGAAAUUUGUGGCUCAUAUGCAUCCGUAGACAGUUUGAUUGCAAAUGUGCAAGUAUUUCUGCCACAUCUUGCAUAUUAUUUGCCAGUCCCUAUUUAUCAGCCACUUAUAAGGUUUAACUUGGGUGUGUGCUCAUGAUUUUUCUUUUUGCGAGAAAGUUCAUGAAAUUAAUCAUGUGGUUACACCUUUUUGUUUUAAAGUCGAUAACAUUAACACUAAUGUAUCAUGUAUGUAUGUUGCUGUUCCAUUAGCCUACUGUCAACAAAACCUAUAGUUAACAAUGUUGACACUAAAUAGCUACACUCAGAAGAACUAUGUAUGUAUUACUCCACAGAUAGCUAUCAACACUUUGUAUAAAAAUGAGCAGUUGAUGAUCCUCUAUUUCAUGCCUGCAUGUAGUUUUGUUCAUCCACAUGAGUUACCAGAUCAGUGUUCAUAUACUUGAAAGAAAACCAGUGGGUAGAGUUGUUUAUGUGUUUACCUGGCAUUAAGCUAGUGUGAUAAGAGAUGGAUUUUUUAUACCUUUGCCCUACGUGUCCCACAAGUUAUAUGAGUUUUUUUUUUUUUGCUUUUGCUUUUGCAGUUAGAAUAAUGUAUGACAAAAAUUCUGGAAGGUCAAGAGGCUUUGGAUUUGUUCACUUCUCAAAUGACCAUGAAGCUAAGUAUGCGAGGGAUGCUAUGGAUGGAAAGGUAAUGCUAGGGCGGCCAUUGCGAAUAAGUUUUGCUCUUGAA